AUGGAUUUGGUCUUGGAAGUCGCUGACCAUUAUGUCUUGGACGACUUGUACGCUAAAGUUCUGCCCACGUCAUUGGGUGCCAACAUCCCUGCCAAAUGGCAGGAGUGGUUGGGGUUCAACAGUGGAUUCAGUAAUUCUACGAUUUUGCAGGAGACGUUGAACUCCAAGAAUGCCAUCAAGGAGUGCAGAAAGUUCUACGGCCAGGUGCCAUUUCUUUUUGACAUGUCUACCACGACAUUCGCAUCGCUUUUGCCCCGUUCCAGCAUCUUGAGAGAAUUCCUCUCACUUUGGGUAAUUGUUACCAUCUUCGGUUUGCUACUGUACUUGUUCACUGCUAGUCUCAGUUACGUGUUUGUCUUUGACAAGUCCAUUUUCAACCAUCCCCGUUAUUUGAAAAACCAAAUGGCAAUGGAAAUUAAGUUAGCCGUCAGCGCCAUCCCAUGGAUGUCAAUGUUGACUGCGCCAUGGUUUGUCAUGGAAAUGAACGGCCACUCCAAACUUUACAUGAAUAUCGACUACGAAAACCACGGUGUGAGGAAACUCAUCAUCGAAUACUUCACUUUCAUCUUCUUUACAGAUUGUGGUGUCUACCUAGCCCACAGAUGGUUGCAUUGGCCAAGAGUCUACCGUGCUCUGCACAAGCCUCAUCACAAGUGGUUGGUUUGCACACCUUUUGCCUCGCACUCUUUCCACCCUGUAGACGGGUUCUUGCAGUCCAUUUCCUACCACAUCUAUCCAUUAAUCCUACCUUUACACAAGGUUUCCUAUUUGAUUCUGUUCACCUUUGUUAACUUCUGGACUGUUAUGAUCCACGACGGUCAGUACCUAUCAAACAACCCUGCAGUGAACGGUACCGCCUGCCACACUGUCCACCAUCUAUACUUCAACUAUAACUAUGGUCAAUUCACCACUCUAUGGGACAGAUUGGGGGGUUCUUAUCGUAGACCUGAUGACUCGUUGUUUGAUCCUAAAUUAAGAGACUCCAAGGAGACAUGGGAUGCUCAAGUCAAGGAAGUCGAACAUUUCAUCAAGGAGGUCGAAGGUGAUGAUAAUGAUAGAGUUUACGAAAAUGAUUCAAAUGGCAAGAAAAAUAACUGA